AUGGCUUUGAUCGAAGCUGUCGAUGAGACAGACGAUGUCGCGCUGUACUGGCAGGAGGUUGCUGUCGAUGAUUGUAUCGGGGCAGUGGUAAGAGUGAUUGGUGGCUCGUUUCCACCCGAUCUUCCGCCCUCCGGGGAAGUUCGCAAUUCGCAAACCUCGGCAACUGUUGUCCGCAAGCCAUACGGAAGAGAUCGAAGCCAGAGCUUGGAAGCCCUUAAGAUGAGGACACAGCAGAUUGAAUGGGAUGACCUAGCCGUCCCUCAAUUCGGGGUAGUAAAGGAAGCACUCAGACAGGCACACGCUCAUGUAGAAGAUGUCUGGGCCGCCAUAGCUACGGCCGCCACAGCUGGAGAUAAUCGGGCUUUCUGGCUUGAACUUGGGGCGAUAAAGCCACUUUCGACUGCGGUAGAUCUCCUGAAGCUGCUCAGGUCUACCGAGUCCAUUGCUUUUGGACCGGGUAUGAAGGAAGCGAUAGUAUCCUACGGUAUUGCCCUUACGGGUGUACAGCAUUUAACCUGGAUUCAGCGUGCGUUUUUAAAAAGAAACCGACAAGCCCUUCACAAUGAGCUGCGCCAACUGGGUCAUAAAACGUGGAAACCAAUUGAGGUAUCAGAUUGGUUAUUGUUGGAAAUAGAUAGCAACAUUAUCAUCCGAGAUAAGCAAGUCAAUGUCGCAAAGGCCAUGAUCGACUCAACCCUUGGGAACGGUGUUCUGCAACUCAAUAUGGGGAAAGGGAAGACUUCAUGUAUCAUCCCCAUGGUUGCAGCAGUUGGGCAUCACGGCACAUGGAUUGUGACUAUUGACCUUUCUAGCAGCGAUGUUCAUUGCUUAGACAGACUCGUUCACAAAUGUUCUAGUCUCGAAGGAAUAGCCCUUCGCUGA